UGCCAUCAGUUGUCCUGCAACGCGGUCCAAGAGAGUUGUUAUCGCCAGCUCCGCCGUCGCCUGGGUCCUCGUAAAAGACUAAAACAGAACGCUUAACGGACCCCGAGUUUGUGCCCCGAGUUCGUGCCGGAGUCUGUGUGCCAGAGCCAGUUAUGUGUAGACCGAGUUAUGGCAGUUUGCUGCUUAUCGCGGCAUCCUGCUACGUCCUCGUCUCCAGCCAGGCCAAGGCCCUGCAGGGCGCAAACAAACUGGAUUUGGCAAAUCACAUCAGCGCAGGCCCUGCCAGAGGAUCGUCGGCGGGAGGCGGGGCCGAUGCGGUGCGCGCUGCGAUGACGGAAGCGCGCCAUAAGCGGGCCAUGGGCGAGUACAAAGAGCUGACUGACAUCAUUGACGAGCUGGAGGAGAACAGUUUGUCGCAAAAGGCUGCGGCCGUGGCUCCGCUGCCGCCACAGGCACAGGAAUUCGACUUGGAUAGCAUGCCGCCUUUGACCUACUACCUGCUGCUGCAGAAGCUGCGACAGUUGCAGAGCAAUGGCGAGCCCGCUUUUCGCGUGCGCACGCCACGCCUUGGACGCAGCAUUGACUUCCAGCAGCUCCUGGACGCCGGGGGGGCCAGCGGGGAGGCGGCUGGCGGCCAGUUCAUGUCGCGCAUGAUGAAGAAAUCGGUGCCGUUCAAGCCGCGCCUGGGCAAACGUGCUCAAGUAUGCGGCAGUGCUGGCAGCGGCGGCGAUUGAGUCA